AUGGGCAGGUUGAAGACCAUUUGGGGCAUGAAGUUUGAGUUUGCGCUGCGCACUGCCGUUGCAGCCUUUUUGGCUUCGAUCUAUGCGAUGCAGCCGGAGGUGCACAAGGCUGAGUGGGAGAACGCCACCGUCUUCGCCCCGGUGCUGGCCGUGGCCUGUGUCUCCGGCCCCAGUCUAGGUGCCACCCUUCAUCACGCGUGGGAGAUGUGGCAGGCCGCGGUGAUCGGAUGCCUCUCCAGUAUGAUUGUGAACGAAGUCUUACGUCCAGUGCAACCGAAUGCUCUGCGCGAAGCGCUGAUGCUGGUUGGCUUCCUGUCGACGGUGUUCUUCCUUUGCUCCAGACCCUGGGCCUUGGUUCAGAAGCGUGUCUCUGUGGGUGUGAUGCUUUGCGGCACCAUCAACAUGUCUGUGCAUCAGCACGAGAAGCCCUGGUGGUUCCCUUGGACCAUUGGUGUCCCCUGUACGGUGGGAGUGCUGUGCGCGGUGCUCGCCAUGGUGCUGCCGCCGUGGUUUGCCUGUAAGGAGCUCCGCCAGCGCUUGGCCUUCCAGGCGACCAGAGACCUGCCGCUGGCGAUCGACGUCCUAGUGACCUAG